GCAGUGCGAGGUAGCUAGAACCUUUUGAACAACGCGCUUCAUAAGAUCGACGACGAGGCUCUCGAUUUAUCAAGCGAGGACAGCGGCGUGUGUCAGCAGAAAAGCUUGUGUCUCGGAGUCAGUGUAGCCAUGCCGUGUUUUCUUCUGUUCACGAAUCUGCCAGCAAGUGCCAUCCCAAAGGGUUUUUUGUUGGAAACCUCAAAUGUCAUCGCCAAAGCUAUACGGAAACCGGAAACUUAUGUGACGGUGAGGAUUCAUCCAGAUCAGAUGAUGAGCCACGGGGGUACGACUGAUCCAUGUGCCAACUCCGAGCUGCAGAGUAUCGGACACAUGGGGAAAGAGGAAAACAUUCAGAUGUCCAAAGAAAUUUCAGAAUUCCUGCAACAAAAGCUUGGUAUUGACCCUAAAAGAAACUACAUCAAAUUUACCAACAUGGAACGACUUGAGGUCGGGUAUGGCGGGACCACAUUUGCAGCCUUGUAGGGAUCACGCACUAAUGGAAAUAAACAGCUGGAUUGGGCAAAAUAUUGACUGCAAAAUCUUCAUUUUAAUCAACUUACGAUGAACCAUAGUAUCAGUGGUGAAGGCUUGUCAUUUUCAUACUCAUGUUAAAUUUGUUUGUCACAUCAGCAGCAUCUAUGUCUAUGGCAGCUCUGUAAGAGUACAAUACAUGCCAGUGAAAAGCUAUAAAAUCGCAUCACUUCAGUUAGGGAAAUCGAAGUAAUAUAACAUCUGUCGUUGAGAUGUACCAGGUCGAACAAUGUGGUAUUUCUCUUGAACAUAUUAACUCUUAGUCUGCUGAAUUAAUUUGAAGAGUGACAUUUAGUGAUGUAGAACAGUUCAUUAAGUAAGAUUUAUAUUUUUGUUAUCUUUUGCAUGACCAGUCUUAUGGUUUUUAACAUGACCUGUGCAUGUUGCACUAAUGCCGCCAUCCUUAAUAUGCCAUACUUUCCUAAUUAACGUGAAUUUUCAAUCUAUAUCUCGGUGAAAAAUCCCUCAAAUAAUUAUUAAUUAAUAUUAUUUUAAAUAUAAAUUGUCAGUCCAAGAGAAUACCCAUUCUAGAUUAUCCACUGAAACUGAUAAAAAAUGUCCAGCUUCCAGUACGACCAUUGUCACACAGUCCAAGGGUUAAGAGAUAUCAAGCUGUCUCAUACUUCUCCAUGCAUGAUACAGUACUGUAUGGAAGUUGAUGCACAGAUGAAGUCUGAUAUUUGUAUUAAAUGUGUAAAACUGGA